AUGUCUGUGUGUCUUCCAGGUGUGCUGGAGAUCAAGUCAGUGGAUGUUGGGAUCGUGGCCAUCAAGGGGCUCAGCAGUAACUUUUACCUGGCAAUCAGCAAGAAAGGAGAGCUUUAUGGCGCAGUAAGUUUAGCCUGUACUGAAAUUCACACACAGAAUAACAAUAUCCCUAUAAAAACUGGAGCUAAUUAUUUGGUUGAGUAUACAAACUCCCCAUUAGACUGAUUCAGUGUUCAGAACACUCACUAGUUAGUUGCCAGGUAGUGCUUUUGCACUGCCACCUUACUGUUGAAAUUAACUCUCUUCCAUAUUAUACUCUCUUAAGGAGCUGGGUCCUUUGAUGUUGUGUGAGAGCUCUUCUCUCCCCUGUCCCCGGGCCCUUAGAGAAGCCUGGGGUUGUUUUAAAGGACAGUUCCACUCCACUGCCCGUAAAUAAUCCCCUAGUACAAGUCGGCCCAGCCAAAAGAGUUGUCGUCUUGAAGAAAGUAAGCCGAGACGCCCCUGCCGCCCCUCUCUCCCAAACACACAUAUCCUCCCAUAUACCACACCGUCCUUGUGCUCUGCUCUAUUCAGACCAGAGAAACACAAUACAACAGCCUCUCCAUUCUACUAAAAGCCCUCAAGGGCUACCGGCACUGUUUCAUGUGCUCUCACACAGCAUCUGAAACACAACAGUGAAAGGCUGUUACUACGGCUCUCUCAGUAGUGAAAUCAGAUUAAAUGAGACACAAAAAGCAUUCUAGCUAGGGAACAAAAUUCCCAUGACGUAUUCGAAAUUGUCACACCAAGGUACUGUCAUUCACUCAGAAAAGUAUUGGUGGCAUGUCUGUCCCUCAUUAUACAAGUAUUACAUUAUAAUUAGCUGGUUCUACAUUAAUAUAUUCAAUUUUGUGGGAGAUUAUUUUCACACAAGUUUCCAUGAGAAAGAGGUAGCCGAACGUGAAUUGAACGCUGGGCAGCGUCUCCAAAAUAUUCUCAUAUGCUUUGGGAACAUUCAUUUGACUUCUGGAAUCAAUUUGAACAGCUGUGGCUAAAGAGCAUUUGGGAAAGGAACAUUCUUUACGGGAUCACAACUGUAUCCAUUUUUUUUGUCUAGUUAGUCAGGGCACUAAAUGACAAGAGUAGUCUGUUAGAAGCCUGAUGGACUCCACUGCCAUUAUGACUCUGCAAGACUGCAUUUAUAUUGUUGUUUAGCUUGCCUAAUUGGAGCCAACCAACCUGGAUAUCUGGAUGAGAACUUCUACUUACUGAAUAAAUGAUGCAAAUGUAGACCCCAGUUCCAUUGCCUAUGCUGCCAAAGUUGUCGAAUCACUCACAAUUUGUUUUUCUUGUUUGUUCUCCAGAGGGACUUUGGUGUUGACUGUCGGUUGACCGAGCGGAUUGAGGAGAACAGGUACAACACCUAUGCCUCGGCAGAGUGGCGGAACAAGAAGAAGCCCAUGUUCGUGGGGCUGAGUGCCAACGGCAAGUCCAUGAGGGGCAAAAAAACACGAAGGAAAAACACUGCCACCCACUUCCUGCCCAUAGUGGUGUAG